CCCCGUGAAAUCUGAUAUCUUAAUUUUAAGUUCUAUGAAUUAUGGAUCGAAAAAUUUGAAAAAAUCCUCAUAUAUCCUUGGUAUGAUCAUAACGAUCAUAACCCUUGCAAACGCAAACAUGCUUACUGUUGUUUACAAGCGUUGCGUGGUGUUGAGUGUUCCAGGUUCGGGAGAAAUGGCGCGAUGCAUGCGGUAAUAAGUUUGGAUAAAUAAAGAAGUAAACUGUUUAUGUGUUUCUUUCAAAAUUCCUGCAGUGUAAUAUUAAUAUAAAGAAGCCAGAUAAUGACUACAGAAAUUACUGAAAGUGUCCCAAGUUGGGAACCAAUACGAUUGACAUAUACUAAACCAUUGUUCACUAAUCAAGAGUCAACUUUAGCAUCGCGUCAGGAUUUAUGGCACAAAUUUAUUCUGUUUGGCACAGGGCAGCACAAAAGGAACGAAAUAUUAAAAAACGUUAUACUUUGCUGCGAACCCGAAGUUUUGUUGCCUGUUAUGUACAAACAAGAAGGUCCAAAUAAAAGUAGUUUCUUAGCUAAAUGUACUGCAGCUACUAUUGAGAAUUUCGUGAAGCAGGGUCUGCGUGUGUUGAUGCCUAAUGACCAGGAACUCUGCGUAGACGUUGUGUUAGGAUAUACAGACUCCCAGGAUGUGCAGUUGAAUCCCCAGAGAGCCGUAGCGCAAGCUUUGUACUUUCGCUACGAGCCUACCAAGAAGGUAUUGAAUCUCGACGACUUCGAAAACGAGAAGUCUUUGACUUCUAUAUACUGUCCCAUAUCAUUGCACAAGGUGUUACACUUUGUUUUAAGAUGUAGCAAGAUGGGAAUCCUGGGUAAUCGAGACUCACGAUUACCUGUUAGAGAAUUAAGCUUGAAGUAUAAUCAAAUCAUAGGGAUUACUCUUUUCGAGAAGUUCUUCAAUUAUCAUCUAACCAAGUUGGAUCUGAGACACAAUCAGAUCACAGACGUGGAGUACCUGCAUUAUUUCAAUGAGUUUAAGAUAAGCGAACUUUGGUUAGAUGGUAAUCCGUUGUGUGAGAAGUACAACAAGUGUCAGGACUAUAUACAAGCGGUGAGGAACGUAUUCCCACAUUUGCAAAAAUUAGAUGGGGUUGUCAUAGGUAUAGAGCAGAAAUUUGUUCCUAACGUCCAAAGGAAUUAUUUAAGAGAUGGCAGGAACACCAGCCUGGUCAAACAGUUCGUGAGACAUUAUUUUACUCUGUACGAUCAAGAUGACAGACAAAUAAUGAAUGGGUUGUACGAGAGAGAUGCGCUUUAUUCGAUGACGCUGGGACAUGUCUCGAAUUACUAUCAUAAACAGUUCGUCAAAAUGUUUGCCACGAACAGAAACUUGUUGAAAUUCGUCGAUUACGCGAAGUGUCACGAGUUUUUGUUGCGUGGCCCGGAAAAGAUCAUCUCGGCUCUUAGAAGUCAGCCGCCAACUAUACAUCAUUUCAAGUCAUUUCACGUUGACUUACUGUACGAAGGAGAGCUCGAUUUAAUUAUUUCUGUGCAAGGCUUAUUCUCCUUCAGAGCAGUUUCUUGCCCGCCCAUGUUCUUCAACAGGACGUUCAUAAUUAUGAAGAAGGAAGACAACGAAUACUGUAUCACCAAUGACCAAUGCUAUCUCGAUGGUAAUAAUAGUCUCAAUCACUCGGCGAACAGCGAUGUGAAGUCCGAAACGAAGAUUGUGCCAAAAUUUACACCGACCGUAUUCAGUGUUUCGGAAAAGGAUCACCUUCUUACAUAUAUGCACGAGUUGACUACAAUGAACAUGAAAUUUUGCUACCAGUAUCUCGACGAUGCUAAUUGGGAUAUAAGAACAGCUAUUACAACGUUUAUGAGCAUGUACACAGUUAAUAAUGUACCACCCGAAGCAUUCCAUAAAUACGAACCUGAUUGUAUAAACAAUGUACAUACAUAUGUAUAAAAAGCGUGUCUCUAGUACAAGAAAUUGAAUAAAUCCAAGAACACAA